GGGUUUAGGAGUGCUUUUUUCUUUCUAUAGUGUGGGAGGCAACAACAGAUCGUUUGCAACAUGAUUUCAUAUGGCGGACGCAAGCGUACAAGAGCUAACAAAAGACUAGGCGAACGUUUAUCCCUCACUGUAGAGGAAAAUGUUGGAUUAACUCUGGAUGAUGGUGAUGCUCUACCGAUGCGAGAGGCGGUUGGAAAGGGUGUCUUAUUGGCAAAUGUCUGGAGGACAGUCAAAGACAUGCAUAUGAGGAUAACUGAUGCUACGGACAGUAGAAGAUGGCUUCAAGAGGCUUCUGACAACCCAGUGAUGGAAGAAGCAGCGCGGCAACAAGGCUCCAGUACCAAUAUGGAAGCCUUUAUGGAUACUAGUAAGGAUAUGCUAUCUCUAGAUCAAGGGAAGGAAAUUAAGGAGCAUCAUGACAACCCAAGAUUAACGGUUGUAGAGAUGAUUACUGUUUCUCCUAAAACCCGUGCUUGGAAACAGGAAGCCCGAAGCCGUAAAUCCCAAGCGACUAAUUCACUAUCAGUUGUGCCUAGAAUUAAAAGGAAGGAAAGGAACCCCUGGGCAGUUCAUAGCCUCAUCGAGUUGGUGAGGUUGAAGCAGCCUUCAAUAGUGCUUUUAAGUGAGACACUACUUAAUGGAAGAGGUCGUUCCUCACUGCCAUGGCUUGUUGGUGGUGAUUUUAAUGAUCUCUCAAGCCAAGAUGAGAAGAUGGGAGGAAUGCUACAACCUGAUUGGAUGAUCCAUGGUUUCCGAGAUGUGAUUGACUUUUGUGGUUUGACAGAAGUGCAGAUGAUGGGUGGCUUAUUCACUUGGAAAGUUUUUGAGAAGCUUGAUAGAGGAUUCGUAACCCUACGCUGGAUGAGCUUUUUUCCCUAAGCCCUGGUCCAUUUACUCCCAUCAUUAGCCUUUGAUAAUAACCCCCUUUGGAUCACUCUUGAGGGCAGAAAGAAUCCACAUAAUAGACACAAGAAAAAAUUCCACUUUGA